AUGAUUAAGAGGAAAACAUUCAAUCUCAGCCAAGACGAUGCCAAAUCAAAACCAUCGGAAAAACUAUAUCAACCAAAAAAGUGCCGAUGGUGUAAAUACGUAGUGAUUCCUUUGUUGAUAGGCUUUAUUCUUCUGUUAAUUUUGGUGAAUGUUGAUUUCACGGGAAAUGCAUACAAGAAAACAAUUCUGGUAUUGAACAAUAACUCAAUUGUCAUUGGUGACAAAGAAAGGCAAAUGAGGUCUUCAUACGGCAUAGACUGUUUCGCCAGUGAUGAUAAUUGUGCACUAGAGUGCCAAGGUGGAAAUACCAAUAACCUAUAUAAACAGCUGGAUCCACUCUAUGCGUUAUGCGGGAAUGACUUGGAGUUGAUUCUUAAAAAUUGUAAUUUUCCUGCAGGCGCUAUGAAAUCCAACUUUUUGCAAGGAAACUUUAGUUUAAAAACUUUGGCCAUAAUUGAUUGCAAUCUUGGGAGUAUAAAAGAAGGCGCAUUUCAACAAAAUUCAGUGGCAAAUUUGAAAACAUUGCAGCUGAUAAACACCCAACUCUCGACGUUUACCAUAACAACUUUUAAGGGAUUGGAGGCUUUGGAAACGUUUAAUAUGACAAAUAUCAACAACUUUGAAUUGGCUCAAUAUGAGGAAGAGUGUCUACAACCCUUCGCCAUCUCAAUAAAGACUUUACGCAUCGUACAAAAAUCCCAACAAAUGGUUCAAGCUGUUGACCCCGCGCAUUGGUUAAAGGGUGAGGAUAUGAAAAAUUUACAAUUUGUCGAUUUUCGGGAUAACUACUUUGGGAACAUUCUAACCAAUAGAACAUUUGCCACCUUGGUGCGAGUGGUAACCUUGAGUUUGGCUAAUUGUAGUCUAAUUCACUUGCCUUCGGCUAUUUUCGAUGCCAUGUUGGGUACUUUAGAAAGUUUGGACCUCAGUCAGAAUCAAUUGACAACAUUGGACUCGCAGCUAUUGGUCAAAUUGAACGGCCUUAAUAGCUUGGCCUUGGGGAAAAGCUAUUGGGAUUGUAGUUGCUCCAACUGGGAUAUAUUAAAGGAAUUGCGGGAAAACCUGGUCAACAUUGUUAUCGAUAAGACUGAGGUAAAAUGUGUUGCACCCCCUGAACUCAACGAUGAAAGUGUCUUUAGUGCCGAAUUGGAUUGUGAGGAGAAGGAGACAAGCACUGAAACUACGACCAAUGAAACUUACCCGACAACGGUUGGAAACAGCACACCAUCAACCGGUGAGACAACAAGUGAUGCAACGUAUGAAACCACAGAGAGCUGGCCAACAGCUGCUCCAACACAGGCUAGUACUGAAAGUACAAAGACCACUGGUUCAAGUACCAUGGAGACAAGGACUACCGAAACUACAACUACCAGGACUUCCACUUGGACUACCACCACCCAGACUUCCACGGUCGUUCCUCUUCCGCCCACAAUUGCCCCGCCAAUUGUCAUUUGCUGCCUAGACCCCAUCAGACAGAUAACCAUGAGCAUUGCCCUCAUCAGUUCACAAGUUCAAUUCACCAUCUUACCCAGUACGGCAACAAGUGUUUGGAUUAAAGUACCUCAGCAAUCAAUCACAUUCGAUCUUAUCUAUUUCCAUAACUACUCUCAAGUAGUCGAGAUGGCCCAGGGCUCUACGGUAGCUGUUUAUGAACGCUCUGGCUACACCAUGCAUGUAGCAGACCUCCAGCCUGGUAUGGCCUAUGUCUUCUGUCUCCUGACCAAAGGCCAUAAAGAGGUUACACCCUUCGAUUGUAAAAGCUAUUAUGUUUAUCCCCCUGAGCCAGAGCCUUGGGUCCUGGACGAGGAUCAACAUUGGAUUAUUGCACUGGUCGUUUUGGCCAUAUGUCUAUGUCUUCUAAUGGGAAUCAUAGUGGUGUUCAUUGUUUUGCGUUUUAGAAAACGUCGAGCAGCCAAGAAGCAAUUGUUGAAAUUGCCCCAUCCCAGCAGAACUUCACGGCAGCCGCCAUUUUGGCUUAGAGAGCAUUACAUUCAAGCAUGCGCCUGGAUACUUUUGACCAUUGGCCUGUGCAUCAUUGUGGUUACAUUUUAUUUGGCCUUAUAUCAGAAUAAUUCUAACGAUAUGUCCCGAAAUUACAAUGUAGACGAUAAUGUUGUCACUGAUGGCGGCAAUGGCGUCCUUAUGAGCCAGAAUACACCUAACUAUAACGACGGUAUUGCGGAAGAUGAAGCGAAAGAUUUCCAUAUUGACGGUUGGCUAGAUUCCCCCCAAAAUAGUCGCUUGAUUAUGAACAAUAUUUUCGGUGGCAUAGCUGUAAAUUUAAUUGGGUGUCAGGAGAAACUAUGUAAAAUUGGAUGUUCCCACAAUAACAAUGUCUUUAUGUCUCUGUUCGACACAAUGCAGACUACAACCUGCCCAUCCAUUGAUGUUUUGCUUUUGGACUCUCAGUAUUUUCCCAAUAACACUUUGCAAAACUCUUGGAUGCCUAUGAAUCUUUCGGUGCAUGAGCUUAUCAUUCGUUCAGGCCAUUUAUCCAUUAUCAAGAGCAGAGCCUUUAAUUCACCUAUUUUUGGCAACAUUUUCUUAAUGUCGUUAUUGAAUCUAAAGAUUGAAACUCUGGAAUAUGGAGCUUUAGUAGGUCUCAAAAAACUAAAGUACCUGACAAUCGAUAGUCAUGUGAAGAGCUUGGAGCCAGCCCUCUUUAAACCAGUCCAAAAUACCCUAACACAUCUGAAGUUGCAUACCAAACUAGAUAUUGUGGGCGAUCGCAAUUUGUUCGGAGUCAGUUACAUGCCUAAAUUGGAGUAUUUGGAUUUGAGUUACAACAACAUAAGUGGCACCUUGGAGCGCUGGAUGUUUAGUUCUACACCGAACCUCAAGUAUUUGAUUAUGAUCAGUUGCCAGUUGCAACGCAUAGAGAGCAACACCUUCAAUCAUUUGGCAGAUAAGUUGAUAUUUUUGAAUUUAUCCAAGAAUAAACUGAUCACACUGGCCGCCGAGGUCAUUGAACCCCUGCUGCGCAAUAAUGUGGGAGCCAUGAUGAGUUUGAGUCACAAUAAGUGGCUGUGUGAUUGUGCCAUGCAAAAUCUGUCGCUGGUGUAUCGGAAAUAUCGCAAUCAGUUCAUAGAUGCUGUCUACUGCGUGGCACCGCACAACGUCUAUGGUGUUUCCAUUGAUGAGGUAGACUAUGAAAAGCUAGAGGAUUGCGAACUACUAACCACGGCGGUUACAGAGCAGGAAUCAUUAGAAGAAAACGAGGACCCUCUUAUAACCACCACCACCACCAGUGUUAGCACUACGAAAGGUUAUGCCAAUACCCCACCACUUGAUUGGGAUGCAGGUGAUGGUUUGGACUCGGAUGAUAUCAAAUCAGAGGAGCCAUCAUCGGUGUUUAAAAUGCGCUGUAUUAGUGUGGACUCGAGCGAUGAUUCUUCAUCGUCUUUAUCGUCUGCUUCGAGAUCUUCGGAGACAUUGGAACGUAAUGUGGACCUAAAUGGCGAUAUGGAUUAUUUUAAAUUACCACCACCCUCCCAUGAAUUUGAUCUGCAACUCCUAGCUGAAAAUAAUUCGGUUAUUGUCGUUGUGGAUAGCCCCGAAAAUGUGGUGGUCAUAUGGUUUAGCGAACAGCAGGAAGCGGAUUUUAUUUCGUGCAACAAUCGUUCGGUGGACUAUGAGUGCAUGCGCUAUGCCAAACCUCAAAUGAUGGUUGGUCCAUUGGUGGAGAACACAACCUACACCUUUUGCUUGUUGCCAUCUUUCCAGGAUUCCAUAUCCCCGUUCAACUGUCUGCCUUUGCAUGUGCCCAUAAAGCGAAAGGACAACAUAUGGAUAUCGCAGGACUAUAAACAAUUCACCAUUGGCAUGUUGUGUUUGAUUUUUCUGGUUUCAACGAUUAUGGGAGCUUUGGUGGCCUAUUUUGGUAUUAAAACCUAUCCGGAUCUCUUGGAGGGUUCCAAAAAUGUUGUAGUGGUCAAGAAGCCUGAAGCCUCUUGUUAUGUGGCCACCAUAUCGGAAAUGGAGUAUAGCAAACAGAACUCUUUGAAAAAAAGAAAAUCUUCUGCAAAGGAUGACUGCAAGAAGGGGCUAGUCAAAAAGGAAGCUUUGAAAAAACAAACAUCGGCUAAGUUACCCUUGCCUCCGGUGCCAUUUAAUAACCCACCGGUGGAAACACCACCACCAUCAUUCCAAAUGUCCAUAAAAAAUUUGGAACGUAUGUCAUCGGCUUUUGGCUUUGAUGGUCCCUUUCUGGAGGAUGAUCUCUGCAAAGAGGAGAACUAUGAGACUCCUAGGUCUUGCGAAAAUGAGUACAGCCUGGAUCAGCGAAGUGUGCCAAAUAAUUAUGGGAUGAGUCCAGGAUCUCCACCACCAUUGCCAAAGCGUAAUUCUAAUAUCUCGGACAGUCCUACGGUUGUAAUGAAUCGUUUCUCCACGAAUGCGUAA